GUUCUCCUCUUCCCUUUCUUCUCUGGGUCCUUUUAUGCCCCACCUAUGCUGUAGUGGUACCCACGAACACACAAAAUAAAGCACUACUCCUAACUCUCUAUACCCUAUUCUAAUCUAUCCCCUUUCGUGCCUCUUGGUCUCAGAUUGUUAUAUAUUAUUAGAGUUUCUUUCUCUGACCGAGCAAUGAAAUUCGAGGACCUACUGAUGCAACGAGGCGAGGAGAAGCAGAAAAGGCUGGACCUUGAGGAAGAGGUCAGUAUGCUAGAGGCAGAACUGAAGGAGGAACAGGCAUUGAACAGAAUUUUGCGCUUUGCACUUCAGGGGCCAAUUUCCUCCCGCCCAAGUCUUUGCUCAUCGGUUCCACCUCAGGUUCAGGUGUUUCUGGAAGAACUAGCAAUGGUACAGGAAGAAAUAUUGUGGCGGGAGAGAAAAGUUGAGGAUCUGAAACUAAGCUUGUACGAAGAGAGGGAACGGAGCAGAGAAAGGGAAAUGGAGCAUUUAACAAGAAUACCAGAAGACGGUUACUUAACUUACUUGCGAUGCGGACCAGAGAUCCGGUCGUCGGUGCUCAAUGUUCAGCGGUCCAGAUCAGAAAACCGUGAUCAUGAAUUUAGGAAAGAAAGAAUCAUAAAGGAAAGAAGACCUUCGUUGGGUUCUGUAUCGGAAAUCCUAAGCAUGUCUUCUACAACAUCCAGCGGUAAACUAAAGUUUUUAUCGAAGAAGAAUGUUCAUAAACCUCGUGCUAAUACUAGGGUUCAUGAUUCGGCAAUGGAGGCGCCCCCAGGCUAUGGCAUCAACUCUCUGCGACCAAGGUUCAGAGGUUUGUGGCUUGGGGAGAAUAAAAGACACUGUUUCUUUUCUGGUUGAUAUGAUUUUGGGACGUCAACUAAACCACCUGACGCGCGAACUCACACAUACGAAGUCACACUUAUUAUUGUCCUAUUGCUGGGUGCGUGGGAAUCUUUCACAGCACCAAGCGCAUGUCGCUACAGUUUUUGCCCCAGCACCCUUGGUCUAAACCCAGGUCCCCAACCUUUCCUAAUUCUUCUAAGGGAUCCCACAGCACCACAUUCUCACACUCUUCUCUGUCCAGGAUUCCAGAGACCUCCAGGUACCUUCAAUUUUGCAGCUGUGGUCUCAAAUGCAAGAAGGGGGUUAAAAAAGCGAUCUUGGAUUAAAUACAGUAAGAUUUUGGAUGAACUGGAACGGUUUCUGUGUUAAACGCUCAAGCCUCAUGAAAAGAUACGGACAUUAGUGAAUCUGAAAUGGACGAGUAUGAAGAUAAAUCUUAUGAAGAAUUAAAGAAUGGGAAUCGCAAUGUCAAAAAUUCUGACGAGACGUUUGCUUGCCCCUACUGCCCGAAGAGAAAGAAGAAUUAUCUAUAUAAUGAAAUUCUUGAGCAUGCUUCUGGGGUGGGUAAAAGUAGUUCAACAAAGAGAAGCGCAAAAGAGAGAGCUAAUCACCUUGCUUUGUUGAAAUAUUUGGAAAAGGAUUUAGGUCCAUCAAAACCUGUUUGCAAGAGUAGUUCAAAAAAGAAAAACGCAAAAGAGAAGGCUAAUCCCCUUGCUCUGGUGAAAUAUUUGGAAAAGGAUUUGGCAGGUCCAUCAACACCUGUUCUCAAGAGUGAUCCUCCUAUUGAUUGCAACCCCAAUGAGAGAAUCGUGUGGCCUUGGACAGGAAUUGUGGUUAACAUUCCAACAAGACGGACAGAUGAAGGAAGAUAUGUGGGAGAAAGUGGAUCCAAGCUGAGGGAUGAAUUGAAAAGUGGUGGGUUUAAUCCCAUAAGGGUCCACCCUCUAUGGAAUUUCCGGGGUCAUUCAGGCAGUGCUGUUGUGGAAUUCCAAAAAGAUUGGCCUGGGUUACAUAAUGCCAUGUCAUUUGAGAAAGCUUAUGAGGCAGAUCAUCAUGGGAAAAAGGACUGGUAUGGUAUUAGUGGCCAAAAAUCUGGUCUUUAUGCUUGGGUCGCCCGUGCGGAUGACUACAGUUCAAGUGGGAUUAUCGGGGACCACUUACGAAAGAUUGGGGAUAUUAGAACCAUUUCUGAAAUUAUGGAGGAAGAAGCCCGAAAGCAGGACAAGCUUAUAUCUAAUCUGACAAACACUUUUGAGCUGAAGAGCAGGCACUUGAAAGAGAUGGAGGAAAGAUGUAGUCAGACUUCAGUCUCCCUUCGGAACUUAAUGGAAGAGAAAGAUAAGCUCCUUCAAGCUUAUAAUGAAGAUAUAAGAAAAAGACAACUGAGUGCAAGGAAUCACUUUCAGAGGAUUUCCAAUGACCACGAAAAGAUUAAGUUGCAACUGGAAUCUCAGAAAAAAGAGCUUGAGAUGCGUGGGAUGGAAUUGGAGAAGCGUGAUGCGCAUAACGAAAGCGAAAGAAGAAAGCUUGCUGAAGAAAUUGAGAAGAAUGCCAUAAGAAAUAGUUCUCUGCAAUUGGCCUCUUUGGAGCAACAAAAGGCUGAUGUAAAUGUAUUGAAACUGGCUGAAGAUCAGAAGAGGCAAAAGGAAAAACUCCAUAACAGAAUAAUUCAACUGGAAAAGCAACUGGAUGCAAAGCAAGCGCUGGAAUUGGAAAUAGAGCAACUGAGAGGGACAUUAAAUGUCAUGAAGCACAUGGUAGAUGAUGGAGAUGUAGACGUUUUGAAAAAUGUGGAGACAAUACUUAAACAGUUGCGUGAAAAAGAAGGAGAGCUUGAAGAUUUAGAGGAUUUGAACCAAGCUCUAAUAGUGAAGGAGCGCAAGAGCAAUGAUGAGCUGCAAGGAGCUCGAAAAGAAUUAAUUAAUGACUGGAAAGAGAUAGAGAUACGUGGUGAUAUCGGGGUUAAGAGAAUGGGAGAACUUGACGAUAAACCAUUUCGCGAAGCAAUGAAGAGAAAGUAUGAUGAGGAAGAAGCUGCUGAGAGAGCUUCAGAACUGUGCUCACUGUGGAAAGAAUAUAUGAAGGACCCCGAUUGGCAUCCUUUUAAAUUUGCUACAGUUGAAGGGAAACAGCAGGAAGUUAUAAAUGAUGAAGAUGAGAAAUUAAUAGGUUUGAGGAAUGAAUUGGGUGAUGAAGUUUACAAGGCCGUGACUACUGCUUUAAUGGAGAUAAAUGAAUACAACCCAAGUGGACAGUAUAUAACAUCUGAAUUGUGGAACUACGUGGAGGGAAGAAGGGCUACACUUGAAGAAGGAGUCAAAUCUAUACUGGAGCAAUGGAAAGGAUCUAAACGCAAAAGGGGAAUGAAUUGAAGGAAAUGAUAUUUCCGGCUCCGAAGGACAUGUCACUAUGGAGAUGGAAUGAGCUGGCCCAUUUACUUGAGGGCGUUGUGCCUUUAUGGCGUUUGUUCUUUGUAAAUUAUGGAAUUCCAUUUUGUAGGGAUUUUGCCGUUCUCCAUGAGAACUUUUUGAAAUCAAACUACAGCCGUGGUUAAUCCAGAUUGGGCGAGGCCCGGCUUGGCUGCAGCUACGAAACAAUAUGGGCCGAGGGCUGCCUGGAGGCCCACAGCGCCAAACCCUAGAAUUUACCAUACAAGUCAUUGCUCCUUAAAACGGUAACACAUCAGCCUAUCCUCCCGGAGCGAGAGCUCUCUGUGCCGGAAACCUAUCUCGUCUUUCCAUGACUCAUUUCUCUAGCAUGCCGUCGCUUGUCCUAGGUUUUAAGCUUAUGUUAGCAGAGGGUUUGGGCUAUGAUUAUAAAGAGAGAGGGCUAGAGUGGGAUCCCAACAAAGAAAAAGGAAAACCCAGUUCGAUCUGGAGGAGAAACUAAUGGAAGGUGCCGCCAACCCCAAAAGGGAAGGCUUUGGUGUCUGAAAUCUGACUCUUUUUCUUUCUUCUCGUAUUGGUUCUUCCCGCAAUGACAGAUCUUCCAAUUCUUUUACACUUGAUAUGAGCCCCAAAACCCUGUUUAAGUCAUUUUUUCCCUUUUUUUCGUGGUUUUCCUUUAUUUUUUUUGUUUUGUUUUGUGCAUCUGUUGUAUUUGUGGUGAGAAAACAGAUUAUUUUGUUAUUCUCACCGAAACAACGAUGCCUACAGAGAAAGCCUUCUUCAUACUUGUCUGUUUUUUUAGAAUCACUUACAGGCGUGAUUAGGCAGCGGCCAGACAACCGUAGGGAUGGUAUCCACAGAUGACGAGUCAUUUCAUCUCGUUUUGAUCUACUAAACUCCAUCUCACAUUCCCGACAUCUCUCAUCUUUACAUCUUCCUUAUAAAGUUGUUUUUCUCUUUUGGGGUCUUAAUUUUUCUUAAUUUUUUCCUUUGGAAUUGUUGGGUAUGAUUCUCUGAACAUUGUCGGAGGAGAAUCUAAUGGAAGGUGCCGCCAACCCCAAAAGGGAAGGCCUUUGGUGUCUGAAAUCUGACUCUUUUUCUCUCUUCUCGUUUGGGUUUCUUCCCGUAAUGACAGAUCUUCCACUUCUUUUACACUUGAUAUGAGCCCCAAAACCCUUUCAUGUCAUUUUCCCCUUUUUAUCGUGGUUUUCCUUCAUUUUUUUCGUUUUGUUUUGUGCAUCUGUUGUAUUUGUGGUGAGAAAACGGAUUGUUUUUAUAUUCUCACCGAAACAAUGAUGCCUACAGAGAAAGCCUUCUUCAUACUUGUCUGCUUUCUUAGAAUCUUACAAGUUUGAUGAGGCAGCGGCCAGACAAUCGUAGGGAUGGUAUCCACAGAUGACGAGUCAUUUCAUCUCGUUUUCAUCUACUAAACUCCAUCUCACAUCCCCAACAUCUCUCUUUACAUCUUUAUAAAGUUGUUUUUUCUAUUUUGGUGUCCAAA